GUCGGAAGAAGGAGAGACACAUUUGCAUAUGUCACAAAACUAACAGAUACUUUUAGUAGAUUUUAAGGAACAUUUUUUUCUUUUUUGUAGCAUUUGUUCGCUUAAAAAGAUUUUUGCAAAUGAAAUUACACAUCAUUCUCGCGCUAUAUCUAAAGAAACUGCGGUUCACCGAAAAUCUGUAGGAAGAUCAAUGCAAGAGACUUGAAAAGAACGCAGAGAAACGUAUGCUCUAGUUACCGCGAGAACUUUGCACAUUCAAUGGAGAGAUAACAUUACAAGUGGUUAGUAACUGCCAGUAGAGUAAUUGGCAUGCAUUAAAGAGCAAUUAAGUCCUGUAUUAAAAAUCUGGAUAUUCUCUAUAAAAUGUAAGAAAUGCAGGAAUGUUAUCUGAUGAAUAUCACAAUGUUUUCGUAAUGUCGGCAAGUUCAGUCUGUAUAUUGAACCCGUGUAUUACAUAGCGCCACAUCAUGCUGAUAAGAGAACGAGAUGUAUUUAUGAAUUUUGUUUGUUCACAUUCUUCUAUUUAUACAUCACACUUGUGUAUUCAUAUUUCAUAUGUUAUACUAGACUGUUUGUUCUAUUUUUUUUUUUUUUUUUUUUAAUAACGUCUUCAUCAUGUAAUUCGCAAAGUGCACAAGCAGCUCUUUACUACUAAAAAGAUCGUCUAAUCACGAAUCUUCGUUCUGCAGCGAGUGAAAGUACUCUCUUUACACUGAUUACGAAAGAAAUCUGUUAUUGUUAAGCGGCUUCGAAGAUCCACCGACGUGGUUUCCGACGUCUCGGCGUAAAAACGGACAUUCAUGUGCGUUGCGGAGUUACGGCAACAGGAGGGGAGCUCAUAUAAAGCGCAACUCUUCCUUCUAGGAAAAUGCAAUGCUCCAGAAGCCAAUGUCACGCGAGGACGGUGUAACAUUUAGUCCGUUCAAUCCUCCCAGAUUGUCCUAGUUAUCUGUUUGCGUCGUUAAUAGUUACCAAACGGCGAAAUUCAACAUCGUCACGACACCGUAUCCACCGUGUAAAGCAAUAAUACACCCUGCCGAAAUGUGCGACGACGACGUGGCCGCAUUGGUGAUCGACAAUGGAUCUGGAAUGUGUAAGGCUGGAUUCGCCGGGGACGAUGCUCCCCGAGCCGUGUUUCCGUCCAUUGUUGGAAGACCUCGUUACCAGGGAAUCAUGGUGGGUAUGGGGCAGAAAGACAGCUACGUCGGCGAUGAGGCGCAGAGCAAGCGAGGUGUCCUCACCGUCAAGUAUCCCAUCGAGCACGGUAUCGUCACCAAUUGGGACGACAUGGAGAAGAUCUGGCACCACACAUUCUACAACGAGCUGCGAAUCGCUCCGGAGGAGCACCCUGUGCUGCUGACGGAAGCACCGUUGAACCCGAAAGCCAACCGCGAGAAGAUGACGCAGAUCAUGUUUGAGACCUUCAACACACCGGCUAUGUACGUCGCUAUUCAAGCUGUCCUGUCGCUGUACGCGUCGGGUCGCACGACCGGCAUCGUCCUGGACAGCGGCGAUGGGGUGUCUCACACAGUACCGAUUUACGAGGGAUACGCGCUACCGCACGCCAUCCUACGCUUAGAUCUGGCAGGACGUGACUUGACGGACUACCUGAUGAAAAUUCUGACUGAACGAGGCUACUCCUUUACGACUACCGCCGAGCGCGAGAUCGUGCGCGACAUCAAGGAGAAGCUGUGCUACGUGGCUUUGGACUUCCAGCAUGAAAUGGCGACGGCCGCGGCGUCGAGCGCCUUGGAAAAGAGCUACGAACUACCGGACGGCCAGGUCAUCACCAUCGGCAACGAGCGCUUUCGCUGCCCAGAGGCGAUGUUCCAGCCGAGUUUCUUGGGUAUGGAGUGCUGCGGCAUACACGAGACGACUUACAACUCGAUCAUGAAGUGCGACGUCGACAUCCGCAAGGAUUUGUACGCGAAUUCAGUGUUGUCGGGCGGCACCACCAUGUAUCCGGGUAUUGCCGAUCGCAUGCAGAAAGAGAUCACGGCGCUCGCGCCAGCUACCAUGAAGAUUAAGAUAAUCGCGCCGCCCGAGAGGAAGUACUCGGUGUGGAUCGGUGGUUCAAUCCUCGCCAGUCUCAGCACGUUCCAGCAGAUGUGGAUCUCCAAGCAGGAGUACGAUGAGUCGGGCCCGUUUAUCGUGCACAGAAAGUGCUUCUGAGGACCUCGCCAUUCCCGCGACGCCGUUGCUCUUAUUCUUCAAGAUACAUCCUCGAGCGACAUCGAGAUCCGCGGUGGACCGCAUCGUGUGAUCGAGAUAAUUCCUUGAAGUCGAGUUGUGCGUCCUCUUGCUUCCCGAAAAAUUAUUCAUCUGCCGAGUAUAUAAAGUUUUUAAUUUAUUUUCCGCGAGAAUUUCCCUCUUGCUUCGUGCGAGAUAGCUUUUUGAAAAAGUUUCAUUUUCUGAGAAACAAUCGCGUGGUCAUAGAAGACACGGAUAUAUAUAUAUAUAUAUAUAUAUAUACAGACUCGUGCACAUUGCGGUUUUUCAUCUCCUGACGAAUAAUUUCUCAUUAUCAGUGUUAGAUCGCAAUUGGUAAAUUUUUUACAUGUGAUUUUACUAAUUUUUGUUUUGUGUACCGUGCGAGAGUUUCAAAAACGAAUCUUUUUAUACUUCUUAGAUGCUUGGUUUUGGGAAUUUCCGCAUAUCGAACAGAGUCAUCGAGAUUCACAAUGGUUUCGUCUUUUUUAUUUCUAAGAUGUACUCGAUGUUAUAUAUAUACAUAGCAGGAUGUUUAAGGCAGAUCUGACAUUAGGGAGGCUAGUCUCUUCUUCCAUGCCUCUCAGAAAUUCCCAUACAACCUCUGACACACACAGUACAUCUGCCGUUAGAAAAUAAUGCCGUAUGUUAAAAAAUAAUAAUUUAUGUAU